AUGCAGCAUGAUAUAUACAGCCUCGGAGUAUGCCUCCUCGAGAUUGGACUUUGGGAUUCACUCGUGAGUAGCGAAGGAGACGCAAAUAUCUCGCUAGCUGGUGUCAACUGUGAUCCUUCGGCCUUCAAUAGACACAGUUCCCUUAAGGAUCACUUUAUGACGUUAGCGAAGGAACAGCUACCGAUCAGGAUGGGAGAUAUGUACACGCAGGUCGUUGUUAAUUGUCUAACCUGCAUGGAUGAAACGAACGGAGAUUUUGGCGAUGAGAGCGAGUUUGAGGAUGGUGACGGCAUCCAGAUUGGGGUUAAAUACAUUGAGAAGGUAUAG